UGUGAAGAUUUGGAAGAAAUUAGUAGCACAGAGUGCCUGAAAUUCAAUUUUGAGACUAUCAGACUUGCAACAAACGACUUCUCUGAUAAUAAUAAGCUCGGACAAGGUGGAUUCGGUGCUGUUUACAAGGGUGUGCUUCCAGAUGGCCAAGUCGUAGCUAUAAAGAGGCUAGCAAGAAAAUCUAAGCAAGGAGAAGUUGAUUUUAAGAACGAAGUCAUGUUAGUGGCCAGACUUCAACACAGGAAUUUGGUUAGGCUAUUGGGAUUCUGUUUUGAAAGAAAUGAAAGGCUUCUCAUUUAUGAAUUUCUUACAAAUUCAAGUCUCGACCAUUUCAUAUAUGAUCAAGAGAAGCGUUUACUAAUGGAUUGGAACACACGCUACAAAAUCAUAGUGGGCAUAGCUCGAGGAAUUCUUUACCUUCAUCAAGAUUCUCAACUUCGAGUUAUUCAUCGCGAUCUCAAAGUCGGUAAUAUUUUGCUAGAUGAACAAAUGAAUCCUAAAAUUUCGGAUUUCGGAACAGCAAGAUUAUUUCCAACAAAUCAAUCCCAGUAUGCUACAAGUAAAAUUAUGGGAACCUUUGGCUACAUGGCACCAGAGUAUGUGUUUCAUGGGAUCGUCUCAGCGAAGUCAGAUAUUUUUAGUUUUGGUGUAUUAAUUUUGGAAAUUAUUAGUGGUCAAAGCAUUAAUAAAUUCCGAAACGACGAAGGAGAAGGAGAAGGAAACCUUUUAACAUAUGCAUGGAAGAAUUGGAAUGCAGGUACUGCUUCAAAAAUCAUAGAUCCUGUUCUGGUAGGAGCUGCUUCGACAAAUGAAAUCCUGAGAUGUGUCCAAAUAGGAUUACUAUGCAUACAAGAAGAUGCAGCUAAAAGGCCAACUACUAUGGCUUCGGUGAUUCUCAUGCUUGAUAGCUGCUCUGCUAUUCUUUCUGAAUUGUCAAGACCUGCAUAUUUUCUGCAUGGCCAAAAAGGGCCAAUCACAAUUGGUACUCAAUCCAAAAGCCGAUCUGCCCAACCUUCAGCUAAUCAGUGCUCAAUUGCAGAGAUGGAACCACGUUAAAUAUACAGACCAAUGUGAGACCCAGCCCUCGUGGGAUUGAGAUAAUCCACAUCUGCUAAUUACAAAUUGGUAUGCUAAUAUAUAUAUUAACAACCUUGAAAAUUAGUAUAUAAUUUAGAUUAAUAUUUUGAAUCAAGUGAAAAAUACAAAUUAUUUUAUUCAAUUUGAGCCGCACAUCCUAAUCAUCAUUUGUCUUCCCAAAGGUUGCAUUGAUUGUCAUUAAUUUUGUUUUGGUACUCUCAACAAUUUAACUCUUUAGUUAAAUUGCAGAGACCAUGUACCUGUGAUUAUGGAAAUAAG